AUGGGAACUCUACUGCGGGAUCCAUUUAUCAACCCUUUUGAGGAGGAGAGGCAAAAGUACAGUGGAGAUCAUCAUGAACCAACAACUCACCAGCUGAAUCGCUUCAGUAUCUACUGCGAGCUCCUCAGACAAGAUCCCGAGCUCCUUAACGACAAGAAGAGCUCUACACGUUCGAGAAAGAAAAUAGCACGGGAAAACUUAUUGAAAAUCUCGAGACUCAGCUCCUCAAUAUUUGCCCUGUGCUGCUUUCUUGUGGCAACAACGGAGCUAGGCAGCAAGAGCUACCUCGAAAUCAUUCCGAAACUGCGAGACUGGUGGGGAUCCGUCAAGCAUCCAAAGGCGUUGGCCGAUAGAGCACGCGUACUUUGCGAAAUAGAAGGUGUUGAAUACGUGGAGACUGUUAAUACCUCAGAGGACCAUGAAAUCCAAGCCAAGGAACCCCCAACAAACUCUUCCGAAGGCUCGAUUUUCCUGUACCGCGAUGAGAUACCAAUGCUCCAAGUCAGCCUCCUCCCGAGCGAGCCACCAUACCAAGCUAUCGACCUGAGCACUAGUCAUCUUGUCAAUUUCCUUUUGACUUACGAAAGCCUGAGUAACCGGCAAGCCGUCGUGAGCUUAUUGCAACAGUACGAACCAAGUUGCCCGAUUCUGAAGCUGAAGAUGCCGUUCUCCAAUGCCUUCCCUUCUGUGGAGAUGAAAGUGACAUCUGAUUUCGGGUCGAGCGUUUGCCUUUUGUUCGCUUGGGAACUGGCGAACGAUCUUGUCAUUUCAUUGGGAUAUUCGACGACGAAUAUAGCGAAUUGA